GUUUGAAAUACGUUUAAUAAAUGAGGUGGCCGUUAUUUGGACAUUUUUGCCGGACGUUUUGAUGUUGUCGCGGUGUUUCACCGGCGAUAUAGCAGCCAGUGGGUAUUCAGCAGGAAAAAGCGCCAACUUCUACUGCACCGUCCGAAUCGUCUAAUACUCCUGUUAAAGACGGUUAAGGCUGGAUAAUCCGUGAAAUAUAUUAAACUUCAAUCUGGAAUGACUCAUUCAGUGAGGUGCGCUGUUGCAUCUUAGUAGGUGGAAAAAAUAUAUCACCCUCAAGGUACUAGGUGGAAAAAAGAUGCCAGGUCUGCAGGGUGAAAAUGUUGUGGCGGCGCCGGGCAGCCCCAUCAAGAAGAGUAAACUGUCUCUGAAGUUCCUCCAGAAGAAAGAAACUAAACGGGCUCUGGAUUUCUCUGAGCCUCAAGCGGAAGAACCCAAAGCAGUUGAGCCUGAGACAAGUGGCUGUGAUCAGGUGGUCCCUGGUCCUUCUCCAUGUCCAGCCUCACCUGGCCUUGUCCUGCCGUGUGAGAAGAGAGAGAACUUGGUGCCUUUUGUGGGGCUCAACAACUUGGGCAACACCUGCUAUUUGAAUAGUGUUUUACAGGUGCUAUACUACUGCCCAGGGCUCAGAGAAGGCAUAAAGAGCCUGUACAAUCUGUCAAAAAGAAAAGACAAAUUAAAGGAAGAAACAGAUAAAUGUGAAGAGCAGUCAGAUGUUGCAGCCGAGGCAUUGCCAGCUCAAAUUGAGCUCCUUGGGAGCUUCAACAGUCUGAUUACAUCUGUGGAGCAGCUGCAGUCCAGCUUCCUGUUAAACCCCGACAGCUUCAGUGAAGGAGAACUCGCCACACCACCUCGUAAAAUACUCCACACGCUCAGGCAGCUGAACCCCAUGUAUGAAGGUUAUCUUCAGCAUGAUGCCCAAGAGGUGCUGCAGUGCAUCCUGGGAUAUAUUCAAGAGGCCUGUGAAACCAUCAGAAAAGAGCAGGAGUUGGAGAGGGAAGGUGAGGAUGUGACUGAAGUUAAAGUUGAGAAUGGAGUCCAAUUGGGUUCCAGCAGCUCUGUCGCGGAAUCCAAAACUACCACAGAAGAGGACGGCCAAGUCAGUGGCAAGAGAAAGAGUGACACCGAAGUGGGAAAUGCCAAAAAGAAGCCAAAAUCUGUCACGUCCAAGAAAUCCGAUGCUGACGAAGACGCUGUUGUUAGAAAUAAACCUCUCACUCGCUCCAAGAGGAGGUCCUCCAGUGACAUCACAGUUGACAGCACCCAAGACAAAGACAGAGAAGAUGAAGGGAUGAAGAAACUGAAUAUGAAGGAAGGAGGCGGGAGUGAUGGUGAGGGGAAAAGUGAUAAGGCAUCUAAAGAGGCAGAUGGGAAACGAAAGAAGAAAACUAGGCUGAGCUGGCUGAGGCCUUCUGGGAAACAACCAAGUAUCUUCUCCAAAUUCCGCAGCGUGGGGAAGAUCAGCUCCAUGAUUGUGAAGAACCAAAACAGACCAGAGCAGGAGAACGGACUGACGGACGAACAAAGUCAGAAUGAGAAGACCAGUGAGGAGAGAUCACCACAAGAUAUGGCUGAAGACAAGAAGGCAAUGAAACAUCAAGAUGGUCUGGACCUGAUGGAGCGCUUGUUUCAAGGCCAACUGGUUCUGAGGACUCGCUGUCUGGAGUGUGAGAGCUUCACGGAGAGGAGAGAGGACUUCCAGGACAUCAGUGUCCCAGUGCUCGAUGAUGAACCCAGCAGCCCAGACGACCCCUCCGAGGUCUCUCCGGAUCCUAAAUCAGAGCUGAAGACUCUGAAAUGGGCCAUCGCCCAGUUUGCUUCAGUGGAGCGCAUCGUUGGGGAGGACAAAUACUUCUGUGAGACCUGUCAUCAUUACACAGAGGCUGAGAGAAGUCUGCUGUUUAACAAAACUCCUGAAGUGAUCACAAUUCACCUGAAGCGCUUCUCUGCCAACAGUUUAGAUUUGGACCCGUAUGCAGGUCUGUCUAAAGUGAACACUCCCUUGCAGACGCCUUUGACCUUGUCUCUGGACGAGUGGUGCACUCGACCCUCAUCCACAAAGGGUCAACACUAUGAGCUGUUUGGCGUGGUUAUGCACAGUGGCGUCACCAUCAGCAGCGGCCACUAUACCGCAUACGUCCGCAUGUCCGAUCUGAAAGAUGUGAAGCUCUGGCUGCGGGACAAAAAAGAAAUGGGGGGGGAGGAGGAAGAGGAGAAGGAAAGUAAGGAGGGACUGCGGGUGAAAGAUGAAGAGCUGGACUACGAUGAUGGGGAGGUGUCUUUCAGCCUGAAUGCAAGGGGACAGAGAGGUGCGAGUUUGGCUAGCAGCAAAGCGGGAGGCAAGAAGCUAUCAGAGGGGGGGGUUGGACUCUUGGGGGGCCAGAGGAGUUUGUCUAGUUGUGACCUUGGGAACAGCAAACACACAGAGAAAGCGGCCAGCAGUGGAGCAACAGAGGGAUCCAAACGGAGAAAAACCAUCAAGAGCCUGGGCCAGAAUACUGAAGCAGGACUUAAAAAGGAGUCUGAGGCUGCAGAAGGAGAGGAGGCAUCGAUGACUUCCUGUGGUGGGGUGGAGGCCACGGAGCAGCAGGCUUUGAACAACCUCCUUGAAUAUGAGGGCAAAUGGCUGCUGUUUGAUGACUCUGAGGUGCGUUUGUUUGAGGAGGAGGAUUUCCUGCGAGCCUGCUCUCCUGACAGAUGCUGCUCAUCGACACCUUACCUGCUGUUCUACAGAAGGAUGCAGGAACCUGCGCACUAACAUGAACACGAGGGGGAGGGUUGUGCCUGUCAGGCUUUUUGGCAGCUGAGCACCCAGACAGAGGACAGUUGUAUUUUGCAAUACAACAAACAGUGCCAAAAAAUACUGUGGCUGCCAUAUUAGCACCUGAACUAGAGAUAAUUUUCAGCCCAGAAAACCUCACAGCUAUACUGUGGUCUCACUGUGGGACCAAAGAUAUUUAGACCUCAUGGACUCGUAUUCCAGGACUCGCCUCAGAUGUCCAUGAGCCAAUCUGGUCAUAUUUAGAAACCCUCUGACAAAUGGGGAUUUAAUUUUCUACAUGCCAGGGAUGACUUCAACCUUUAGAAACAUUUUUUGGGUGCGACUCUUACCUUUUGUAAACAGUUGCAUGUGUUUUUUCUUUUCUCAGUUAUGUUUGUACAGUUCCUUUUUACAAAUUGGAAAAGCACUUUUGGACUAAAAUUUUAUCGAAUGAAAAUGUUGAGUACUUUUUUUAAUUUCAUUUUUUAUAGAACACUGUCAGUGCUGUGUAUAUUUGGAAUAGAUUACUCAACUAAAAGCCAAAUAAGACAAAUCAUUUCUACUUGCAAAGCAAUGCAUAACAUGCUUCAUGAUGUUAGUGAACAAUAUUCUGCAGGUUUAAGAAAAAGCCUUUGCUCACCUUUUGCACUGACUCCAACAUUUUUGCAUACAAACAUGAACACUGUUUCAUAGAUCUGAAGCCUGAAAUUGAUGGAAUCUAUGCUGGAAAAGCCUACAGUAUUGGCCUGGCUUGUAAGAUUUUGUAACAGCACAUUUUUACAUGAAACACACUAAAAUGUUAAGCAUCUAUUAUAUACCAAGCAUGUACAUAUUUUGUUGGUACUAGUGAUACUCAGUUUCUGCAGGGUGCUCAGCAGCAGCAGCUAUUUCUCACUCAGGAGCCUUUUCAAGGUGCAAAUUCAAGAGUGAAGAUACAUGAAACUCUUAAAUUUAUAUCUAUACUAAGCGAUCAUGUUGAGUCAAAAUACAUUUAGCAAGGUUAUGAAAAACUUUCUCUGAGAACACUCUUUCAUAACAAUUUGCAUGUGCAAAUGUGGAUCUGUUUAUUUAAGGGUUUGUUGCUUAAUUCGGCGAGAGGGAAGGGUCAAAGACAGGAGGGUUUAGUAUACAGAGUAAAUCUAACCUUCUCAGUGAGACAGACUCCCACAGCAUGACCCGCUUUCAGUUCUGUUUUUGCACUUGUUCUUUAGAGAACAGGAUCUGUUAAAGUUUGGUCAAGACAAAACAAUUAAACAAGCACAAAUUGAGAGUGCAAAGGGACAGAUUCAUAUGACUAUAACAAGUUUGAAGAGUCACAUGUGCAACCAAUUUUAAGACAUCUGAGCAGGAUGGAUCUGACUGCUUGCCUAUUUCAUAGCUGCAUACUUUCACUGUCAGCAGUUUGUAUUAAUUGUGUUAACUGUAACAGAGCAUUGCAGAACUAAGUGCUUUGACUUGCAGUGAAUUAACAUUCUACCGCACUCAAAUAUUACGCUCGUCCCAGGUGUGGUCAUUUUUCCAGACAAAUCUAAUCCCAGCAACCGGAUUUCAACAUGUCUUUUUGUUCACUAAUGUUCAGGUGCUCACAAUCAGCCAAACAAGCUGGAGAAAAUGUGUGAUUUGAUUUUGCUCUCAGAACUUGUUCCUAGCUUAUGAACUUAUUCCUGUGAAUGCUCAAAUGACUUUCCUACUGAUUAUAGUUUUGUGCUUGUUUAGUGUUUUUUUGGUAAUUAAUAAUAUUGCACAUCUUGACGUGUGAAAAAUAUGAUAAUUAAGUAUUGCGCCUAUGGAGUAAAAUUAUCAGUAUAGGUGAAACUGUUCAUCUCAGGUUAUGCAGCAGACUGUUUGAAAGGCAGUUUCAGGGAUUGAAUCAGUUAUCUAGUUGUGCUUUGUGAGUAACACCUACGGGCUAUUAUUUCGCUAUAAAUCAUAAAACUGGGAAAGGUUUCCAAAGCAAGUUUUGGAAUUUAACAAAGUGCUUAUAGAUCUGGUUUAAUGUGAUGUGACAACAGCCUCAAUAAGUGUUGUCUCCUUUAAACUGUACCUCAUUCCAGCUGUUAUUCUAUUAUGUUGGCAGGUUCAUACUAUCAGCAAUAAAGUUUUUACCUUCACAA